AUGGCCUCGCCCCGCAAAGCUUCCUCACCCUCGCCCGGUUCGGAGUCGCCAGCGUCGCCUGCACGGAGAAGGCUGGGCUUCGGGCUCAAGAAGAAGAGCAAAGGUGAAGAAGACGCGCUGGGAAAGGGCGACAAGAAGCAAAAGAAGGCGAAGAAGGAGGGCAAGAAAGAAAAGAAGCGGAAGGAGCUGUUCCCCGCGGAUGGAGCGAACGAGGACCCCGCCGGCCUCAACAGGGACAAGAAGGGCAAGAAGAAGACCACCAGCGACAAGACCACCAAGAAGCCAUCGUCGACCCUCCUGAAGACCUCUCUGACCUCGACGGCCUACCUGGCGGCCUCGCAGCACCAGGGGCCGAUCCAGGGCCUGGACCGGCGGAUGACGACCUUCCUUCUCUCGUUCCUCUCUGGCCACGACCUCCUCUCUGCUCGUUUGGUGUCUAAGCGCUGGGCCGGCAUCAUCGGUAAGCUCAUCACUUGUGCAGUAGUGCGUGUGCGUGUGCGUGUGCGUGUGCUAAGCUGUGGAAUCGCCACGACACAGAUGGGAAUGGGCACUUGA